UUUUUUUGUAUACUAUAUUGUGUUUUAUAUUUUGUGUAAUUCAGUUACCAAUAUUAUUUUUAUAAUUAAUAACUUUUAUGUAACAAAAUAUUAGUAAAUAUUAAUUUUAACUAGCUACAUUUAACUCAUUAUGGAUUUAAAUAAUAAUAAUAAUAAUAAAGAUCAUAUUAAAAAUGAAAAUAACAUUAAAAUAAUAGUUGAAUGUGAUUCAUCACUACCAGAGAAAGCACCUGGAUGCAUAUUUGGCUACACUUGCAAACAAAUUAAAUGGACCAAUGUUAUAUUUUUAAUAUGGCUUCAUGUGACAGCAAUCUACGCUUAUGUACAUGGCUUAUUUAACCCAGUUCGUUUUUUCACAGCCAUAUUUGUGAGCUUAUUAUCCAUAUUUUCAGGACUGGGAAUGUCUGUGGGAGGUCACCGGUUAUGGGCGCACAAGUCAUUCAAAGCCAGACUACCGCUGAGAAUAUUGCUAUUAAUACUGCAAACAACGACAUUGAAUGGCUCGGCCCUGUCCUACGCCCGGGACCACCGGACACACCACAAGUGGACAGACAGGGAACAGGACCCCAAAAACCCGAGUCGGGGUCUGUUUUAUUCCCAUUACGGGUGGUGGCUAUUAAGGAAGGCCCAGUUGGUUAAGGACUGGGGGAGUAAACUGUCGUUUGAGGACUUAUAUGCCGACCCUUUAUUAGUAUACCAACAUCACUAUUACAUACCAUUGGCGCUUAUAUUCGGGUUCAUUGUGCCGACUCUUAUACCCUGGUAUUUAUGGUCGGAAAACCCGUUAACGGCAUUCCUAUUAUGCGGUGUAUUAAGGACUUGCGUUAUACUCAACCACUUGUUUACCGUUAAUUCGUUAGCCCAUUACGUAGGCUACCGGCCCUACGACCGGUAUAUACUGCCUACAGAGAAUAGGCUGGUUAUCUACCUGUCCCUCGGUGAGGGUAACCAUAACUACCACCAUACUUUCCCGUGGGACUACAGCUCUAGUGAACGUACUUUUUGGGAGUUUUAUAACCCGUCGACACUAUUCAUUAAGUUUAUGGCACUCAUAGGUAUGGCCUAUGAUCUCAAAAAGCCGUCCAAAGAGCUCGUACAUCAGGUGGUCGACAGGAAGGGUAUUCCCGAGUAUUUUGUGCCAAUGGAGGGAAAAGGAGUGUUUAGGCGACUGGUGACGGGUUGUGUGGAUUGGGUGUGCGGUGUUGUGGUCAGCCUAUGGCCGGUGUUUACGAUAAUAUUGUUUAAGGCGAUCACCGGUCAGGACCUGAUUGUCAUUCACCAUAGUUUCGAGCCGUAUGUCAAUUGGUUGAGUCACCUCUGGUUUGCCGACAAUACUAUUGAUGCUGUGACCGAUGAACACUUGACUAUCGGUGCCCUAAAACGGCUGUCCCUUAGCAUAGCUGCGGCACUCAUCAACAGAGGGGUCACCAAAACCGAUCGACUCGUAUAUUCUGGACAAAACUCUAUACAACACGUUGUCCUACGGUUUGCGGCCAUAUCUCUGGGUCUACCCAUAUGUCCAUUAAGUGACACAUUUGAGGCCUACGAAGUGGAACAGGAGAUCACCUCCAUAUCAGCCACAGUAGUCGUUACUACAGCUAAAAACUUAUCAAAAUUCAAACGUGUCUUACAGUCGGACAAUAAUAAUAUAAAACUUGUGGUUAUAUUCAACGCAACACGUGAUACACACGUGACUGAAAAGCACGUGACAUAUGAGCAGCUCGUGGACGAGGGCAGGGAUCAGACUCUGAAGGCUAUACCACACUUUCCGGUCGACCCUAAUGUGGAUCCGUACCUAUUAAUACACACAUCUGGCAGCACCGAUCCGGGAUACCUGGGCGAUGGCCAGGUGGUGUCCAUGCCCUACCCCAUGGGCCACAUAAGCGGGUCGUCCAUUUUGCCUCUACAGCUAUGUCUGGGCGUAAAACUAGUCAUAUAUAGCGAGUUCACCGAAGACCUACUGUUCCGGUCGAUCGAGAAAUAUAGGGUCACCUACUUGUGUACGUUCUCCACGUUUGGCGUCAAAUUGGUGGAGGGUUAUGGCAUGACAGAAUAUAUGAUCAUCACACGAGGCAACCCCUUUGAUGAGCCAUACAUUCCGGACAGUUUGGGUCCGGUAUCCCCGGGAACUGAGCUAAAAGUGGUCGACUUGAAUACCGGCGCUACCCUGGGACCCAACACCGACGGCGAGAUAUGUAUUCGGGGUAACAAAAUGUUUGCCGGAUAUCUGAACAACGAAAAGGCUUAUCGGGAGGCAGUGGACGGGGAGGGCUGGUAUCGCACGGGAGAUAUCGGACACUACGACGAGAGGGAGAAUAUAUUCAUUACGGAUAGGCUUAAGGAAGUCAUUCGUAUAGCGGUUGGCAACCAAUACAUCAAUAUAUCUCCCGUAGAGAUCGAGCACUACCUACUGACCCACCCGUCCAUCGCUGAGUGCGCGGUGGUUGGGGUCAACAACCGGGCCAGAGCCCAUUGGCCCCGGGCUUAUGUAGUACUGAAACCAGAAGCACCUGUAGCUACGGGGGCCGAGAUUGAAAAGUUUGUGUCGAGUAAAUAUAUAUAG